UUGGGAGCGGCAAACUGGGAAUGUCAGCUAAACAGAGGAAUGUGGAGCUAAACAGAGGUUUUGCUUACUCUGGCCUUGCUUGGUGAAUAAUGUAUCGACUUCUCUUGGUUCAGAUGCUACAUUGUUGUUUCCUGGUGGCCCAUUCCUGCCCUACUCUGUGUACUUGUGUUUACCUAGGAGGGAGCAAUGGGACAGGUCUCAGGUCUGUUUUGUGCAGCGAACCCCGCAUGUCGGCCAUCCCCCUCAAUGCUCCAGCCGACACAGUCAAGUUUCGUCUGGAGAAAACCUCUAUCUCCAGAGUGCCCAGGGCAGCCUUCUUCUACCUGUCUGAGCUCCAUUUCCUGUGGUUGACCUACAACUCCAUCACCACCAUCCACCCCAGCAGCUUCCUUAACUUGAAGGCGUUGCGUGAGCUGCGAUUGGACGGGAACCUUCUCUCUGCCUUCCCCUGGGAGGGGCUUAGGGACAUGCCGCGGCUGCGCACACUGGGUCUGCACAAUAACCGCCUCUCCAGCCUCCCUGCCCACGCUGCCCUCUUUCUUCCCAACGUCACCUACCUGGAUCUGUCCAGCAACAGACUGACCACUCUGCCCUCAGAGCUGUUGGACCUUUGGUUCCCUCCCCCUGCCCAACUAACAGGCCCAACACAGAGAAGAGUGCUAGGUGUCCAUGACAACAUGUGGCAGUGUGACUGCCAAAUCUCUAUGCUGCUGGCCCAGUCUAAGUACCAGGAGAGCCCUGUAGUUCUGAUGGACCAGCUCCUGACCUGUAGCCGUAGCGGGGGAACCGCCGACCAGCUGGGGGCCCCCCUCACAGAGGCUGACUUGUCGCGGUGCCAGAGGCCCUCUGUCCAGCCUUCAGCCACCCGGGUUACCUCCCCGCUGGGCAGCAACGUGAUGCUCCGCUGUGAUGCCACAGGCUACCCCACGCCAGUACUCACCUGGACCAAAGCAGCAGGAGCCUCCUUAUACAACACAGAGUGCUGUCAACAACCGUACAGCAAAGCUGACCCUGAAAAACUACCCAUUAACUUGGACAGCUUUAUUCAGGAAUCUCCGCGUGUGGGAAUCCGAUGGUCCAUCAUCAACCUAAAUGGACUUUCGUACAAGGAUGCAGGAGAAUAUCGGUGCCAGGCACGGAACAUGGCAGGAACAGCAGAAGCCCCCAUUAGACUUAGGGUGGUGGGGGUGGUGCCCCCUUCCAUAAAGAGCAAGACCCGCAAAGCCCCUUCUAGAUCCUCAACCAGCAACAGAAAACCUCUCCCACAAAAGCCGAAACGGGCACAGAAUAUUACUUCAAUCUCCACCUCAAAAAAGAAGACUCUUCUGAACCUCAAGUAUGUUACACCCCCCACUCCAACGAACAAGACCCAGAGUAUCAAAAUGGCCCCGGUCCCCACCCCCCUGAAAAAAAUGUAAUCGUCCUCAAGUACAUACCCAAAUGCAAAAAAGUCAAACAGAAAACCUCAGAUAUCUGUCAAUACUAUACCCACCUCACCAGAAAACACUACCACUACAUCGUCUUCACCAGACAACAACAAGGACCAGAUGUAGUGGCCCUUUCAUCUAUUUCUAUAACAACCCUUCUUAUUCUAUGCCUUUCUGUUGGUCAAUAUUUUAAGGAGCUCAUACAUGACCCUUUAAAAACAGAGUGAUCAGUGGCCAACAGAGGGCGUCCAGAGCCCAGAGACAUGAAUAGCAAACUACAGUUACUCUGUUUAAGUGACAACAAUUACCAUUGAGGAUCUGAUGUAUUCUUUUUCCAGAUUUGUUUUAUUUUGUUUUACUGUUUUUAGAGAGGUAACGCUUAUCACCCUCUUAUCUGUGUAAGAUCUGUACUUGUGCUAAAGAUUACGAGGACAUAUUCCUACAAGGACAUAUUCUUACUAGGAGCUCAACAAUAAAGGGUAAUUCCGCCACUUCAUAUUCAUUCUCUCCUCCACCAUACCAGUGUCUA